AAAAAUUUAAAAGGCAUUGUCAGCAGUCAGCUGCGCCGGUGUAACUGUUGCUGUCAGUAGGCAAGUAGGCAUAAGAGAAACGGUUCGUUGACUAAUACCGUCCGUCAAGGUGAGAGACAAUUUGGCGUGUUUCGUUCGGCUUGUUUGUGGCUUUCCUACCACUCCAUAUGGUAACAUGGAAAUCCGAAAGAAAAUCGAAACCAAUAACGCAAACCGAAACCGGCUUAGGAAUGGUAUAAAAAAUCUGUGACCAAUGCGGUCCGACAUCAGUCCGCUGACACUCAACUCCAUACCAACACCCUGUACACAGGAGAUCCAAGAUGUUCAAGAUCAUCGCUCUGGUUGCCUGUUUGGCCGUUGUUGCCUCCGCGCAGUACUACGGAGGAGAUCACGGUCAUCAUCACGAGGACUACCAUCACUCGCAUCCAAAGUACAAGUUUGAAUACGGUGUUAAGGACGGACACACCCACGAUCACAAGAGCCAGUGGGAACAUCGCGAUGGAGACCAUGUCAAUGGACAGUACACUCUGGAUGAGGCUGAUGGCACGCACCGUGUUGUUGAAUACAGCUCGGACCACAAGGGAGGAUUCCAACCCCAUGUCAAGCGCGUUGGACACGCCCACCACCCACACCAUGGUGAAAGCUAUGCUAAUAUCGAACAGCACUAUUAGAAAAUUGCUGCCAAAGCUUCUUUUCGCCUACCAAUAAAACCUAAGUUCCUCUAAAAA